AUGAUUAUAAGCUACAGUACAAUACAUUCGCGAACAGCUAUUAGUAAUUCUUUUUUACAUUUAUUUACUCAAGCUGUCAUUGAUGGAAUUCCAAACAAUGCUAAAGGUCCUGCAAUACCUGCCAAAGGUUAUCUUGUUCAACACAUCCGUGGUGGUGUAUACUGGUUAAUUGGCGGAGCAUAUCAAACAAUGUUCAUGGUAUCAAAUGAAGGUGUAAUAGCAAUUGAUGCUCCUCCUGCAAUUGGCAAAAACUAUCUCAAAGCUAUAUCGGAAGUAACCGACAAGGUAGUUACACAUGUAGUGUAUAGUCAUGACCAUUUAGAUCACAUUGGUAGCGCUGGAAAUUUUCCAAAGGAUGCCGUUUAUGUUGCACACAGACUUGUUGCCAAAAGUCUAUCCGUUGCGAAAGCUGCAGCACAAAAUACUUCGUCACUACCAACUGUACCAAGCAGAACGUUUAGGAAGAAAUUAUUACUAAUAGUAGGAAACCAGACCUUGCAUUUGGACUAUCAUGGAAUUAAUCAUUCACCUGGAAACACCUUUAUAUAUGCCCCAAAACAAAAGGUACUUAUGUUGUGUGAUGUCGUAUAUCCUGGAUGGUUUCCAUUCGAUGAAUUGGCUUAUGCAAGAGAUAUUGCAGGUUUUAUCAAAGCUCAUGAUACUAUCUUAACGUAUGACUUUCAGACCUUUAUCGGCGGACAUGUUUCAAGAUUAGGUACUAGAAGAGAUGUUGAAGUUCAAAAAGAUUAUGUAUCUGACCUACAUAGUGCAGCUCACCAAGCACUCAAUGGAACACGGUUAGCACACUCCAGUAUAGACUCUUGGAAGGAUAAAACUGAAUUUCUCAAAGCAGCUGAACAAUUUUGCUUAAAGAUCAUGCUUCGAAAGAACUGGACAAAAAAACUUGGUGGUAGUUCGAUUUUACCAUCAAAUUGCCACAAGAUGAUUAUGGCCACAAGAAUUGAACCGUUGGUGGCGGUUACAUAA